AUGGUUCGGUCUUUAGUAGGCGUCGGUUGCAGAGCGCGAAUGGGAGCCGCAACCAGUACCCUUACCCCAUGUUGCGUGCACAGCACCUUCUCCCCCGGGAUUUCCCAUACCACAUUACUGCCUCCACAGGAUUUAAAUCAAUCUAAUGGUGAAUUUUUCACUCUGAUCGAUUUGAUGGAAAAUAAUAGCGAGGAUAAUGAAGAAAUUUCUACUAGCUUCAGUAUUAGCACUCCUGAUGAUAUUCAAAGCGGUAAGACCGCAAAGGCAGGAAAUAUUGAUAUCUCGAUCUCUUCGACAUCUAAAACAGGCGUUGAAUCGACGAUUAGCAAUUCAAACUGUAUGGAUGAUGUUGAAGCAUUGCAUGCCAAGCUAAAUACAUCUCAACCAUCUACUGAAAAAUACCCUUCUACAGGAUUUACCCCAACCCCAGGGGAUAAUCGCAAAAAAGGUUUUCAACGCUUUGACAUCGACAACUUCGUACGAGAUGUGGUUCUAUCCCCACUUCAAAGUGAAAACAGUGAUCCACAUCGCAAACAAAAGCCAGAUACGCCAUCAGGAUUCCACAAUACGAGUGAAAAAAAGACGAAAGUUACGGCCCUUCCAGUGCCUAAAACUGUUCCUGAUUUUUCUAUUUAUAGUGUAAGCAUCACCGAUCGCUUCGGGAUGCCAGCCGAUCUCCCCAAAGGUUCCCCACUCAGCUUAGAGCAGCUCUUGGAAAUGAGCACCGGCAUUCUACGUGAACAGCUGAAAGACUGGAUCCAACAGAAAGACUGGCGCACCCUUUCACCUGUUCAACAGGCGGCUAUUCCGCUUAUAUUGGAAUUACGUGAUCUGCUUUGUAUCGCACCGACGGCAACGGGGAAAACGUUCAGCUACGUCUUUCCCACAAUGAUACGGCUGCUCAUGGACGAUAUGACCGGUCGUCGCGCUCGAAGCCCGUCGUUUAGUCUGCACAAUGAAGAAGGUGUCGCGUCGGAUCUUAAUCGACGCGAUAUCGAAGCCCUUCUACAGGAAAAAAUCGACAAAGGUGAGGUUUGCCGGUAUUGUGAGCUAAGUGUGCGGGAAAGUUCGCUUUGUCCGAUGACAGGGUUGCCGCAUCCCCCGCCGGUAGGGAAUGCCGACACGCCACUCAACGUCAAACCGCAGCGCCCGUCUCGUUUGGAGGAAAUUAGAAGCGUAGGGGAGCCUAAGGUGCUGGUUCUUGUACCCACCUCACAGCUUGCUUUUCAAGUUUAUGGGGUAUUUCGCAACUUUCAUUGUAAUUAUAACAUACGCUACAUGGUUCGUGCGUCUAACGAAGGUGAACAAAAAAAAUAUCUUCACGCCUUGGAAGGGGUCGACGUGCUGAUUAGUUCACCCGAGACGAUCUUACCCGCGCUGUACAAGCAAAAGCUCUCCCUACGAUGUGUGAAGACGCUGGUGCUGGACGAAGUUAGCGAUAUCGUCUCCCUCAAUCACUUUGAACCGCUGAAAAUCAUUCUUGGGGCACUUCCCAAGUGCCAGGAUCGCCCCCAGCGGCUGCUUUUCGGGGCGACUCUCCCCCCCGUUGCCUUUCAAAUGCUUCGCGAGCGCAUGUUGUGGCCUUCCCAUCGUUUUAUCCUCGCGGAGCCUCGUUCAGACCCUCGGGGGUUGGCUAUCCAACCUGAGAUCCGGGGCUCUCCUCGUUUUCUCCUCGGCGCCCCUGCCCCUGUCAAACACCUCGUCUUCCUCCUCGGGCGGGUGGAGAAGCUCGCGAAGGUGGGGUGGCUUUACCAGUCUGGUCAUCUGAGCUCGGACCAGCGGGUGUUGAUUUUCUGCAAUUCCCGGCAAAACGUCGGGGUGGUGGAGGACCAUUUGCGGCGUUCCGUCCCGGGGCUUCACCCGACGACGUUGACCUCGCGGGCCUCCGCCGGGGUGCGUGAAGGGGUGCUGCGGCAGUUCGCCUCAGGCGUCUCCACCUGCCUGAUUUGCACCGACCUCCUCAGUCGGGGGGUGGACUUUCGCGGAGUGGUCUACGUUGUGCAGUACGACAUGCCGAGCGAUAUGGAGACCUGGGUGCAUCGAAAUGGGCGGUGCGGACGGCAUGGCCUACCGGGCUACGUCUACACGUUUUUUCAGCCCGAGAACAUCCGCCUCGCGAAGCCGCUCGUGGCAUUUCUACGGCAACAGGAGCAGAUCAUUCCGCCCAAGCUGCAGGAGUACGCACGGCAGUCGUUUGUCGAUCUCUUCAAAAACUCGCUCUUUCAUCACCCGACGAGGCCUUACCGACGGGAUGAUCCACAAAACACCACGCCAGUGCUCAGUCGCGGCUCCCCCCGAUUCCCGGACUACCGUCAACAAAACAUGCAGAGGCAUUUCAGGCCGUUGUGA